GUAUGUGAAAAUCGUACACUCACAAGCACAGAUCUGCUGUUUGAUCAUUUUCCCCACUCACAUUUUUCCACUCCAACACAAAACAAUUCUUUUUUUCUUUUGACCAAAGUGGGAAGUGGGAAUUCAACUUUGCGUUCUUUACUUCACUGUUUUGAUCUUUUUCUUCAAUCCAACAAGAAAAAGAAGCUGAAAAAAAGGAAGGCGGCAACCAAAAUCUAUUACUAGUAUUUUGUACUGUUGUGCGAUUGUCUUUGCUUUUUGUAGGUGGUACACUUAGUAAGGUCUGUUUGAUUGAUCUGCCUGGGUUGCUCAUCUUUUGGUGUGCUGUGGUGCUCCAAAUUUUCCUGCGAAAACAGCUUCGGAUUGGUGAUAUUUGGUGGGCUUUGAAUGAGGUGCAAGAGUGUGCUAUGUGGUGAGAAAUGAGGUUUUGGGAUAUUGAGAAAUGGGGUGUGUUUUUGGGAAAGAGAUUCAAUCCACUGGGCCUCCUAGUGGUGAUGUUGUAGUUGGAAAGGGGGGAGGUAAGGGUGGGGAGAGAGAUUUGUCUGUGUCAUCAGGGAGGAGAGAGAAAGCAGUAGUUGACUCAGUAAGUAAAUCGGAGAACAAGGACAAUGGUGGGGGAGGUGUUGGUGAAAUCCAGAAUGGUGGGGAACAGAAGGAAGAGGAGAGGAAGGAUGAGAAUGCACGACGACCAAGAGGUGAGAGAAGAAGAUCUAGACCAAAUCCAAGGUUAAGUAAUCCCACUAAGCACAUCCAUGGUGAGCAAGUAGCUGCUGGAUGGCCGUCUUGGCUCUCUGCUGUGGCAGGCGAGGCAAUCAAUGGGUGGACGCCUCGUCGUGCCGAUUCAUUUGAAAAAAUUGAUAAGAUUGGGCAAGGUACUUAUAGUAAUGUGUAUAAAGCUAGAGAUGCCAUAACAGGAAAGAUUGUUGCUCUAAAGAAGGUUAGAUUUGAUAAUCUGGAACCAGAGAGUGUGAGGUUUAUGGCUAGGGAGAUUUUGAUUUUGCGCCGCUUGGAUCAUCCAAAUGUUGUGAAAUUGCAAGGAUUGGUGACAUCAAGAAUGUCUUGUAGUCUGUACCUGGUUUUUGAUUAUAUGGAGCAUGAUUUGGCUGGCCUUGCUUCAAGCCCCGGAAUCAAGUUUACUGAGCCUCAGGUUAAAUGCUACAUGCAUCAGCUAUUGUCUGGUCUCGAGCACUGCCACAAUCGCCACGUGUUGCAUCGUGAUAUUAAGGGGUCAAAUCUCCUUAUUGAUGACGGAGGGGUCCUUAAGAUUGCUGAUUUUGGUUUGGCUUCCACCUUUGAUCCUAAUAACAGGCAGCCCAUGACUAGUCGUGUGGUUACUCUUUGGUAUAGGCCACCGGAACUGCUUCUUGGUGCCACUGAGUAUGGUGUAGGUGUGGACUUGUGGAGCGCUGGGUGCAUUUUAGCUGAGCUAUUUGCAGGGAAACCCAUCAUGACUGGGAGGACAGAGGUGGAACAGCUGCACAGGAUUUUCAAGCUAUGCGGUUCUCCAUCAGAAGAAUACUGGAAAAAGUCGAGGCUUCCUCAUGCAACCAUAUUCAAACCCCAACAAUCAUAUAAAAGAUGCAUAAAAGAGACAUUUAAAGAUUUUCCACCAUCAGCAUUGUCUUUAAUUGAUACGCUACUUGCAAUUGACCCAAGUGAGCGUCAAACUGCAACAGCUGCGCUAAAGAGCGAAUUCUUCACUACCAAGCCUUAUGCAUGUGAUCCUUCUAGCCUUCCAAAGUAUCCACCAAGCAAGGAGAUGGAUGCUAAGCGUCGUGAUGAAGAAGCUCGAAGGUUACGAGCUGCUGGUAAAGCUCAAGCUGAUGUUGUGAAGAAAACACGAACACGUGAUCGGGGAAUGCGGGCACUCCCUGCUCCAGAAGCCAAUGCUGAGCUGCAAGCCAAUAUUGAUAGACGGCGCCUCAUUACCCAUGCAAAUGCAAAGAGCAAAAGUGAAAAGUUCCCUCCUCCUCACCAGGAUGGAGGAAUCGGUUAUCCUUUGGGAUCUUCACAUCACAUUGAUCCAACCUUUGAUCCUCCUGAUGUACCAUUCACCUCCAUGAAUUUCUCAUAUGCCAAAGAGCCGAUUCAAACUUGGUCUGGCCCAUUGGUUGAUCCCUCUGCUGUUGGCGCUCCAAGAAGAAAAUCAAAGCCAUCAAAGAAGGAUUAUCGCAAAGAUAAGAAUCCCACCAGGAACAACGAUAAUGAUAACAUGUAAUAUACCAUCAUCCUAUACGUGCUGCCAGAUGAACGCAUGGAGGUGCAAACACUGCAAGUCUGUGUCUUAUGUCUGAUCCAGGAAACUAUCAAACUGUUUACGAGGUAAAAUAUCUUCCGUUCGGGAUCCCUUGUUUCUAAUAUUUUUUUGGAAUCAUUGAAACAUUCUUAUGUAUGUUAAAAGUCACAUUUUUUCUUCCUUCUCGUGACAAACUACGAUAUCAUUAAUGAAGCAUUAAAAUUAAGAGUUAAACUCAA